GAUUUAUGUGCUGUGAGCGGGGCCGGGCUGGGCGGCUGGAGCGGCGGCCGGGGCUGGGGCCGGCUCGAGCACCAUGGGUGUGAUAGGUGUACAGUUGGUGGUUACCAUGGUAAUGGCCAGUGUCAUACAGAAGAUCAUACCUCACUAUUCUCUUGCUCGUUGGCUUCUCUGUAGUGGCAGCUUAAGGUGGUAUCAGCAUCCUACUGAGGAGGAACUACGGAUUCUUGCAGGAAAACAGAGGGCGAAGAGCAAAAAAGAUAGAAAAUAUAAUGGUCAUAUUGAAAACAAGCCCUUAACUAUUCCAAAAGACAUUGAUCUCCACCUGGAAACAAAAUCUGUGACUGAAAGGGACACUAUUGCAUUGCAUUAUUUUCCGGAAUAUCAGUGGCUGGUGGAUUUCACUGUUGCAGCUACAGUUGUGUAUGUGGUGACAGAAGCCUACUACAGUAUUGUGAAGCCCUCACAAGAAAUGAACAUCAGUGUGGUGUGGUGCCUCCUUGUCUUGGCUUUUGCAGUUAAGGUACUGUUUUCAUUGACUACCCAUUAUUUCAAAGUAGAGGAUGGAGGUGAAAGAUCAGUCUGCGUCACCUUUGGUUUUUUCUUCUUCGUGAAAGCAAUGGCAAUUCUCAUUGUGACAGAAAACUAUCUCGAGUUUGGACUGGAAUCAGGAUUCUCGAAUUUCUCAGAAAGUGCUAUGCAGUUUCUUGAAAAACAGGGUUUGGAGUCCCAGGGUCCUGUGUCUAAACUAACCUUCAAAUUGUUCCUGGCUGUUCUGUGUUCACUUAUUGGUGCUUUUUUGACAUUCCCUGGCUUGCGACUGGCUCAAAUGCAUCUGGAUGCUCUGAAUUUAGCAACAGAAAAAAUAACACAAACACUGCUACAUAUAAACUUCUUGGCACCUUUGUUUAUGGUUCUACUGUGGGUAAAACCAAUCACAAAGGACUACAUUAUGAACCCACCUUUGGGCAAAGAAAGCAUCCCUUUAAUGUCAGAAGAUACAUUUGACACUGUGAGGUUGUGGAUAAUAAUCCUAUUGUGUGCUUUACGGUUGGCCAUGAUGCGUCAUCAUUUACAGGCCUAUCUGAAUUUAGCCCAGAAAAGUGUGGAUCAGAUGAAAAAGGAAGCUGGCAGAAUAAGUAUGGUUGAUUUACAGAAAAUGGUGGCUCGAGUAUUCUAUUAUCUUUGUGUAAUUGCACUGCAGUAUGUUGCACCAUUGGUAAUGCUCCUUCACACAACUCUGCUCUUGAAAACACUAGGUAAUUAUUCUUGGGGCAUCUACCCGGAACUGAAUUCUGACACUCCAAUAGAAAACAGUCUGCUUCCCAGUUCAGUUUAUUCUGAGUCUCCACCUGCUGAUGGAAAGAUGAAAGUAACUGUAGUACAAAUAACAAUGGCUCUGGGAAGCCUAAAGAAUAUUUUCACUCCUCUCCUCUUCCGAGGACUCCUGUCUUUCCUCACCUGGUGGAUUGCUGCUUGCCUCUUUUCUACAAGCCUUUUCGGGCUUUUCUAUCACCAGUACCUGACUGUGGCAUGAACACGUCUUCUGACAAAGCAAGUGAGGUCAAAUACUAGGCACAAACCCAGGUACCCAAAUGGAGAUGAAGAAAAAAAAAAAAGAGAAGAAAACUAUAUAUGAAGAAAACACAUAUCAGAAAUUUUUAAAUACUUCCUCUGUGUUCUCAGGGUGAAUAUUCUUAAUGAUGUUUAAAAUUGCAACUGGGUUUGUUAUUUUUGUUACCCAAAUGGUAGGUACCUAAUUGAAUUAUAGUUUUGAAUACUGGCUGACGUUGCUGUAUGACAAGUGGUGAGCAUGCUGAAAAGAUACAACUUCCGAGUAUCUUGGUUUCCAUAAACAGCAAGCCAACCUCAAAACUUUGUGUUUGAAACAUCAACAGUCAGUGACUGGACUGUGUUAGAAGGGUACUGGUUAUGGUGAUGGUGGCUGCCUAUCGAUUAAAUCUUGAAACUGAGCCAUAAAAUAGAAGGAGAGAGGGGAUUUAAAAAAACUAUUAAAUUCUGUUGGAUAGCUAUGGAUCACUUUUCUCCAUGAAAAAUGAAUUAAUCCAACAGGACAAAAGAGAUACUGUAUAUUACAGUAAGGAAAGUUGUAUAAAAUUUAAACUUAACAAGAAUAGAUAUAUAGACCUGACAGGUAUUGCUGCCUAAAUAUUUUGCAGGAAUGCUUGUGCAGUAAGAGGAGAGUUUAAAAAAAAAUUACAUAGUUUCAGUCCCUGCAGUCAUUCUGAAAUAAUGGCCAUCCGUAUUGGUGCUAAUAUUGAUCCACAGAUUCCAUCUGAAUCUUUUAAAUUUCUUCUUUUCAGGUAAUAGGUUAUUUUCAUUGAAUGCACAAAAUAAUAGGAGAAGGUUAGUGACACCAAUCAAACAUUUCAAAACACAACAGUUUAAUCCUGCUGACUGAGAGUGUAUAUGUAUCUGUGUAAUGUACAUAUAAAUAUAUAUUAUAUAUUAAAUAUAUAAUAUAUAUAUGAAAUUAUAAAAUAUGGAAUCUUUAUUUUAAAUCACUGAAUGUAUCUUACAGGACCGUGGAAGGGGGAUAUAUCUGUAUCUAGUAAUUUCAAGAUCCCUUUUGAAAUUAAAUUGGCUUUGUUUGGUUGGGGUUUUUUUUGUUGUUUUUUGUUUUGUUUUGAAAGUUCAGUUGAAAGGGCUAUUGGUUUUGGUGCCUCUUCAAAGGUACUUAGCUAUACUAAAGAACUUAGGCUUUUUGGGAAGAAAAGAUCUGCUUAAAUUACUAAUGUUGAUGUUUCUGCUCUGUCAGAUAAUCAUCUUUUGUCACUCCAGUCUGUUUUAACUUGGCCACAGAGUAACAAUUAAUAUAUCUUCAAAAAUAGUAUAGUGAAACAGCAAGGAGGAGUAAAACAUGGACUUCACAAGUACAAAACCGUUGUAAAACAAAACAGAAUGACAAUUUUUGAGACGUUUUGUGUAAUUGCAAAACAAGAACAGGACUUUAUAUGAAGCAGCUUUUUAAAAAAGUCAAUAUUACACUUCACAGAGGUCAGUGGGUUUUUUUAACUAAUAGUAGCUGGUUUUAUGUUACUGUUCUUUUGACUUUGUGUAGAGCUAUGGCAUAUGAUAAGCAUUUAUAAGUGAAGAAGCUUAACUAAAUAUUUAAUAUGUAGCAAAUCUACCACAUGGAAAAACUGUCAGCAAAUGCAGAAAAUCAAGAAUUUAAGCUGGUGAUAAACUGUCUUACUAUGUCAGAUGCCUUUUAA